GGAGGAGGAGGAGGAGCUUCCUGCAGAUUUCAGCGGUUUCAGGUCUGCUGCAGUUCAAAAGAAACUGGAGUUUGAUGAAAAUGUAGCAAAGACGUUUGGAGAUUUUAGCAGCCGCCUUGAUGGAUGGAGCCAAACAGAAACCACCAACUCUCAGGUGGAUGUGGAUGAAGGUUUGCUCCCAGAGCGAUCCCUACAGGAAGUUCUGGUGGAGCCCAGCUUUCUCCUCAGCUGUCUGCGGGACGAAGAGGCGUCCAGUCUGGAGAGAAGAGGUUCAAGCGAGAUCCAAGCAUCUCUGGAAACUCCGCCCACAUGCUUGGUCAGUGAAGAAGGCGGUUCCGCUGCAGAAGAUCAAAGCCGUGAGACGGAGAAACUCCCUCAAGCCUCCAACUGUCAGCUUCCUCAAAGAGGAGAAAUGGAAACAGAUCCUGACAGGAAGUCUGGACUCUGUGGAGCUUCAGCUGCAGCAGACAUGGAGGUCUGGAGUUCACCCAGAGAAGAGGAACCAGGAGCUCAAGGAUCAAACCGCUGUGAGGACACCAGAAGAACACGAAAAGUGCUCACCAUAGUUUUGGACCUGCAGAUGUGCAACAUACAGCAAACGGCAAACAUCCGUGAGAACGGCUCAGAGGACGUCACGGGAGCGAAGCCCCCAGGACCUGCAAACUUCUCUGAGAUCAAGCCGACGCUCUCAACUGUUCGUCUUGGUUCUGACUCAAAUGAAGCAGACCAGAGAAGAUCCUCUCUAAAUCCUCCAGCCAGCAGGAAGUUAUUAGAUCCAGAAAAGCUGGAGAGCUUUGACUCCACCUGCACAGGUGAGGCAAGAGAGGAGGCUCCCAACACCUCACUUCAAAAUGAAGGAAGCAAACCGACAGCAACCAGAACGCCAAAGCAGAUCCAGGAGAGGAUGGAUCCCGACCGCUCAGGUCCGGCUUUACCUGCCCGUCUGAAUGCUGGAGAGGGGGCAGGUGGAUCAGCAGAGCCCGGCUCCAUCAUGCAGAGAGUUUUCUCUGAGAUCCAGAGCGCUGUGGCGAGCAGCGACAUCAUCAAAGGAACACGACAAACUGAUCUGAAGUGGCGCACGCAGCCAACUCCCCGGCAGACAGAUGCCCUUUUGGUGCGAACCGUUCAACAGGUUCUGGCCUGUCGGUAUCAGCCCGCCCAGCUCAGUCUCCCCGCCAUGACGAAGCAGCUGGAGGAGGCGCAGGAGUACAGGCGUCAAGUGCAGAAGCACGUGACUGAAAUGAGAAACUCCGCCCCUUUUGUUCCUCUUUCCUGCGUGAUGGGAAGAGCAGAGGAUCUGUGGAACACAGCACUUCUAGAUGCUUCUGCCACGGUGGAGGUGAAGGCAGCACAACUGGAUGAGGUCAAACAGUUUCACCGGGAGAUGAAGGUCAUCAGGGCAUUCCUCCAGGUUUUAUCUGGACAGAAGGAAGCUAUGAGCUUAGAUGCCCUUGAAAGCAGCGCAGUUCAGGUAGAAAGACUUGGUGGUCUGCUGCAAACCAUGGAGAAGAAGAAACCCACUGUGAAAGUUUUACUUCAGCUGGGUAGUCAAAUAUCCGUCCACCUAAGUGAUGAUAGUUCUGGGGCCCUGAUUGCUCAGCUUGGAGAUGUCCAAGAGGAAUGGAGGCUUCUGGAAGGAAAUAUCAAAAGACUUUUGGGGCAGACGACUAACUCCACCGCUCAGUCUUUGCUUAUUUUACAAGAGGCAGAAGAACUUAAGGUCAAACUUCAAAGUCUUCUAAAAUGUGAAGCCAACAAUUCUUUGGAAUGUCUCUGUCUGACUGCUGACCUGAAACUGUGCAGCCAGCUUUGUUUUAAGCUUCAGUCCCGAUCCGACGCCCUGGUCAGUUUUCCUCUGGGUAAGAGGGAGAAGACAGAGAUAGAGCAAAGUCUCAAAGGGUUGGGCUCCUUGUUGGGUGUGACCAAAAAGAAGUUUGCCUCCUUCAGCAGAUGGAACAGAUCUUUAAGUGAGGUCAGCGGUCAAUUGAGAGACUUGAUCUCGUGGGCAAAGCAGGCAGAGAACCGGCUUUCUGCUGGUCAAAACCUGGCUCUUUUUCCUGAAGAAGCUCGGAUUCAGAUUGGGGAAAUUAGUAAACUACACAUGGAUAUUUUGCGCAAACAGUCCAAAGUGCAAGAAGAACUCCAACCGUUGAAAAGGGAAGCCAGUAACAGUGAAGCAAUCAAGACUGUUGAGGAACUUUAUGACUCCAUCAGUCGCCGCGUGGAUCGGGUUCUUGACACCAUGAAGAAACGUCUCACAGACAGAGAGAAACUCCUUUCCCAGUUUACUAGCCUGGACUCUUGGCUAGCAGAAACCCAAGCUCAAGGACAGCCUCUCAUACAGGUGGAGAGCAUAUUCAAAGGAGAUAUCGGUACGUUGGAGAGUGAGCUGCAAAACCACAGGUUAGCCAUAGUGGAGAUAAAAAAACAACUGAUGUUGAUGGAGGCACUUUCGGAAAGUUGUGCAAAAACAGUUUCUAGUUUGGGACCUGGAGAGAGCCGCUUCCUUGUCAACAGACUUUCAGGUCUUUGGAUGGAGCUGGAGGGACUACUCGCUCAUGAAGAAGCUGUAACGUGGGAGCUGGAGGAGCUAAUUCAUGAGUGGACUUCCUCGAAUGUGGAGUUAGAUGCAAUCCAGGUGGGCUUGGAUUACAUUUCUGCUGAACUGGACCAGCAGAGGUUUCCUCCCUCAGAAGGUGUGUUGUCUCUGAUAGCACAUUUGAACCACAAGUUAAUAGAACAUCAGUGGCAAGUUCAAGAACUUCCACACUGUCAAGAGGCCCAGAGAAACUCUAUUCUGAACUUGAUUGGAGAACUAAAGGAGAAGUGCAAGGUUCUUAUCAUCAGUACCUUUGAGCAAGGCAAAUAUUUACAUCUCCGGAGGCAAAUGGAAGAAUCUAGAGAUCUUGCAAAGGAACAAAUUCAGCAUGCCACAGAUGAAGCUUUGAGUGUGUGUAAAAGAUUUCAAAAGUGUCAAGCUCUGCUUGUCGAACUUCCUUUAAUAAAGACCAAAAGUCAAGAAGCAGCGGAUCAACUUGAGGCUGUCUCCCAAGAGUUGCUCCCAUCGCAACUUUCAGCAGAGAGGGAGACGAUUCGCCUCACCUUGGAUACUUUACUCUCCUGGGAGGAAUCUUUGACAGAGGACAUCAGACACCUUGAAUCCAAGCUUUUCAAGUGUAUAGAACUCAAAUCAGAACUCCCUUUCUUGAUCCAAAUGUUUCAAAGUGCAAGAGAAGGACUGAAGAGCAUUCAACCGGUCACUCCAGAGGAGAAGGCCAUAGACGCUGAACUGCAGCACUACUGGAUGAUUUGGAGAAACAUGGAGUCUGGGAUACGAGUGUUGGAAGGACUGAUUCAGAAGGAGAAAGUUAACGUGGAAAACUACAAAGAGCUGUUUCUUCUUAGAGACACAGCCGUGAAAGAGUGCCACUCAUGGAUGGUGAGUCUGUCUCAGGCUAGAGAAUCCUUAAAGGAUUACCAGUGGGCUUCUCAUGGAGCAAUGGCCUUCCUCCAUAAUGCUGAAACAACCUUCUUAUCAGCUCCAGGAGGGUUUUUAGAUUGCACCGAAGAACUUCAACAGACCCAGCAGGCAUUACAGGAACUGGAAGACGGAUUCCAAAAUCACAUUUGCCAACUAAUGGAGCGGUUGCCCCAGCAACCCUGCCUUUUGUGGCAGCAGCUCGAGCAGCUCCAUGUUGGAAUAGUCAGUCAAUUGCUGGUGGGAAGGGUCAUCCUGGAGGCUCAGGCACAACUCAGAUUGGAGAGUCUGCACAGGUGUGAACUACAGCGACAAAGCCACCAAACAUUUCACAAGGACAUGCAUCAAAAUCUGUCACGAUUCGAAGCCAAUCUUUUAGAAUGUUCUACAGAAGGGAUGUCAUAUGAGAAAUGUGUCGCCCAGCAAGAAAAAGUAAAGCAUUUGACGGAGGAUCUUUGCAACCUCGCUGGAAAGAUAGAAGAGCUGAGCGCUGGAUGUCCAAUCCGGGGAUGCAAGUUCAGAAUGGAUGGUGAGCUCAGAGUCUUUUGGGAGCGUUGGGUAUCACUGCGGCGAAAUGUUGGCGUCCUGGUUGCACGGAUAGAACAGCGAAGAGAAGAAUGGAUGGAUAUCAAUACAAGUAUGAACCACUGUUGCAGCUUUUUGGCUAGUCUUCAGACUGGAGUUCUAGAUCCAGCUGUUGGCUUUGAUCACGAGGAACCCCAGGAGAUUCUCACUCAGGCUGAGAUAAACCAGGCCGGCCUGGAACAGGAGCAGCAGAUCAUUUCCUCUCUGGAACAUCAGCUGGAGCAUGCUUUUAGCUUAUCUGCUUCCCAGGAAUCUAUGAGCCCAGGACCUGUCGGCAAAACACUGUUCAAGAUCCGAGAGAAUACUCAGAGUUUACAAGAGAGAAACCAGCUGGUUGUGGCUGCAGCCCAGGCGGAAGAGACCGAGAGACAACAUCUCCAAGAAGAGUUGGGACAAGUGGAGAAGCAUCUCUCAACUCUCCUUCCAAGACUGGACGUGUGUUCAGAUCCAAACCACACACAGGAGCUGAAGGAAGACUUGUGUUCCCUGAAAACAAAGCUGGCGUGUAUCGCAGACAGUGUACAAAGCCGGUAUGCAGAUGUUCCUGAUCCAAUUAGAAAGCAGAUGCAAAUAGUUCAACAGUGUUUGCAGACAACAGAGCAGACGCUCCUGGAUCAAACUAACCCAGCAGAAAAGCUUGGAAGAAGAAUCAGAGGUUUGGAUUCUGAAUUGGAAAAAGUGAAAACAUUACUGGAACAAAAAAGUCCAACAUUAAGUGAAGCCCAAAAUGCAUUAAAGCAUGUGUGGGAUGAACUGGAGGCGUGGCACAGCAGCAUGAUGAUCCUGGAGAGUGAAGUGCAAGAUCUUGCAGAGGAGCAUCCAGAUGACGCUCAGCUUCUCAUCGACCUUCUCACAGAACCUCUACAGCUCUACCAAAGCACAACAUGGAUGGCCGAGCAGCGCACAGCCUUCCUCAGCAGGAUUCCCGCUCAUCUUCGGGACUUUGAAGACAUUUUAAACCGAACCACCUGCUGGUUGGAUGAAGCUCAGACGUGGCUCAGUCUUCCAUGCUCCUUCACUACCAUCAGGAGCCUCCAGAACCAUGCAAAGUCUUUGCAGAUGCUGCUGGACGACUCUGAGAGGAUCAGACGUUCUCUGCAAGGGUUCAGGUCCACACUAGAGGACGUUGCAUCUGUGUGUGAUGUCAGCUGCCAGGAGAAACGGCUAGAGGAGAGCGACCAAAAAGUCUGCGAGAUGCAGAAUGGUGUCAAGGAACCUCUGCAGCGCCUCCUACAGGCUGUUGCUGUUGUGGAGGUGAUUGAAGCUGACCUGAAGGCCAUGGAGAAGAAUGUUGCAAGAAUCAGGAGCAUUUUGUCGUCUACGGACAUGUUGAGCAUUAGUCUCACAGAGCGUCUAAACAACUGUCAGGUGGUCUUGGCCAAUCUGCAGUCAAUGGGCAGCAGUUUAGAAGAAAUUGAGAGCUGUAAAGGACAGCUCCACAUGACAGAAGAAGCUGAGAAUCUCCUCAUCUUCUCCAGAGUCACGCUCCUUCAGCAGCAGCUGCAGGAGCUCCACCAGGUCACCCAAGAUCAGGUCUGGGAGCUGCAGAACCGGCAACAGGAAGAAGAAGUCGUGAGGAGUGUUGGUAUUUCUACAAUUUCUGGUUCUCCUCAAGAAAUUCAGUGCCGGACUAGAAGGGAAGACCUAUUUUUAAUCCCGGAGGUGUUUGAGGAGGAGGAGGAGGAGGAGGAGGAGGAGGAAGAGGAAGAGGAGGAUCGCCAUUCUUCUUCCUCUGGCACACUGACGUGUAGUUUUACAGAGGAUUUGGAUCAAAUGCUCAACCAAACUGAGGAUUUAGAAGAAAAAACGGAACAGAUGGAUUGUCACCUGAAAUCUGCUGACAUCAGCCUUUCAUCAGUGAAACCUGGGUUUGACAGUAACUCUAGUUUCAAAACCCCUGAAAGAGGAUCAAAAAAGCUGAACUCCAAAGACGACAUCUCCAGAGAUGAACCUCAAACUGCAACGGUCUCAGCGACUGAAGCUCCGUUUGGUGACGCUGCUCCAGACGCACUCGGUCCUCCUGCGACGGCAGAACGGCUCGACAUUUGUCCUCAUGUGGAAGCUCUCGCAGGAGACACUCGUCUGAUUCCAUUCAGACCCAAAACUCCCAUCAUGGCCGACAGACCACCAGAGGAAUCAAGAGAGGAAGAUUCUCAGCAGGUGAAAAUCAGAAAACAACAAAAAGAUCAAAAAGAUCCUCAGGAGCUCAGCAUCCUGGAUGAACUUGAACAGAGGGAGCUCUUCCCAAUCCUGAAGGAUGCUCCCAGUCUGGAGCUUCUUCAGAGUCGAUGUCUGAGGCGGAGCGCCGGGCGUGGAACGGAGGUUCAACAGGCUGCCCGUGCCUUGCUUCAGGGCGCCGCUCGCCUCCUGGACCUGGGGGAAGCUUGCCUUAUACAGAACCAGGUUACCAACCACAGCAAGCUCCAGACGGUCUGCUUCAGACACAAGAAGCUGCUUCAGGUCUUCAGCUGCCAGUUAUCGUUCGCCCAGCAUCUGUUUCAGCGUGAACCCCAAACCCUCCAGGGUCGAGAGGAUGAAAGGGGGCAGCUGGAGAUGAGGUACAAAGCCCUGCUGCAGCCGGCGCUCCAGCAGGAAGCGUCUUCUCAAACGCCGCUUCAGGAGUGUUGGGAGGAGUGCUGUGCUCGGCUGAGUGAGGCGCUGGACGAGGCCGACGUCAGCGGCGGCGGCGAGGAGGAGGAGGAGGAGGUGCAGCAGAGACUCCACGCCUGCGAGCAGACUCUCCAGCGGCUGCAGGACAGCAGAGCCGUGCUGGGUCUGCUUCUGGAUCUGGAGACCCUCCUGCAGGCGGAUCCUCUUUCUGCAGCGUCGGUCCGGCCAGCAGGAGGCACCCUGGAGCUGCGGUGGAGGCGUGCCUGCAGGACAGCAGAGCGAGAAGCCCAACGCUGCAGAAAGCUCCGGGAUGGCGGGGUCAGAUUCCAGACUGGUUUGGACUCGCUCUUCGACCGGCUGCAGAAGGCCAGACAACGGUUGAAGGCUGUGGCAGAUCUGGCAGGCCCCUCCCAUCAGGAUCCAGACUUUGUUCAGAGCAGCUUGAUGAAACUCUUGGAUCUCUCCAUGGAGAUGGAGGCUGUGUCCACUCUUAGGGCGUCUUUGUCGCAGCACGCCGAUCAGCUGAGGGACACCGGCGCUCAGAGACUUCGCCUCAACGAGCUGGAGGCUGGAUGGAGCCAGAUGACCUCUGACCUCUCCAGAGUGCAGGAGCAUCUGCUGCAGUUGGCCGUGUGGCCCCCCCUGAAGAUGCUGUCUGGACUGGAGGAUCGGCGGAAAUCAAUGGAGGCCCGACUUCACCAGGAGAGAGAACGCCUCCGUAAAAGCCAAAACGCAGCUGAAGUCGCUGAAAUCCUGCAGCAACAUCAGGUGUCAAAGGCGGCUGUAUCCCGGGUUCUACUUCUCCUGGACUUCCUGUCCCAGCCGGACUCCGGGAUGACAGGAACAACCCUCCAGGCUCUCUGCUCGGAGCGAACGGCAUUUGCUGAGGAGUUCGGCGCUGUCAGAUUGCCAUGGCUCCUGCUUCAGUCGGAAUGGGAGACUCAGAUUUGUGAAGCGGAACAGCUCCACCGCACCUGUGCUGAGCGAGAGCGACACCUGCAGGGACUUCACAGCUGGAUCCAGCUGCAGGAGGAGCAGCUGGAUCAAGUAAAGCGGAGCGGCAGCCAGAAUCUCACGCUAAAGGCUCUUCUGGAGUGGGAGGAGAAGGAGAAAGAGAUUUCUGCAGCUCUGCAGGAUCUUAAGAUCAGGAAAGAGUCAGAUGACCUGCAAGAAAACCACCCGAGUGACGUGGUCUUCUCUGAUCGCGUGGAGCGUGUCACCCGUGCUUUUGAGGAGCUCUGUAGUCAGGUAGAAGUUCUGAGACUGGUUCCUCAAAAAUCCACAGAGGACUGGGCUCUCUUCCGGAAACACCUGGAGGACGUAACCCUGCUGUCCAGCAGGCUGCGCUUUUCGCUGCAGCUGGAGCGUGCUCCCGUCUUCUCCCUGCAGCAGGCUGAGGACGACUCCGACCUCCUCCAGGAUCUGCAGGUGAAGGCCGCGGAGGGGGGAGGGCUCUGGACGUCUGUGGACAAAUCCUAUCAGAGGCUUGUGGCGAGCUGGCCUCCUGCAGCCGCACAGGUACUCAGCCAUUCGCUGGAAGCCGAACGGAAGCGUUGGAAGGACGCGGUCCAGGAGAUUCAGAACGAGAUCGAAAAGACCAGGAAGACGGUUUCUCUUUGGCGAGAGUACAAGCACGUCUCUGACGGCUGCUCUUCUCACCUACAACUCCUGUGGCACGAGUGGGACGAGGCGACCCCCUCAACCCGACUAGACCCUGAAGCCUCGGUUGGUCCGUCUGAGGACGCCCUUAAUGAGCUGCAAAGCACUGUGGGAGAUGUUCUGAUGGCGUCCAAGCCUCUCCUAGAUCGGUUGGACCCACGGGCCGCAAACUUGACCCAAUCAGAAACCAGACUUCUGUCGCGGGACGUUUUGCUGCUGAAGCAGGCGGUGUUGGGGCGAAAGAGGAGCCUCGAGAUCCGUUUGCAGCAGCAGAACCUGUUCCAGGCUCAGCUGGAGGCUUUGGAGAAGCAGAUGCAGAACCUGGUUCAUAAAGUGCAAACUCCUGUUACUGACACAGACUCUGCAAAGGAGCUUCUGCAGGAGCUUAGUGCUUUGCUGCCAUCAUUGAUGGACAUCAAGGAGACAAGUCCAGAUGUUGACCUAAAUAACCAGGAGAGGCUGCAGGUGCUGUGCAGGAGGUGGAGGGACAGCAUGACCCAGGCUUCACACCUGUACAGAAAGCUACAUGAAGAGCUUCAGCGAUCCAGGAGCCUCGAGGAGAACCUUAACACCCUAAAAUCUAUCCAGAAGGAGCUGGAACAGGACUCUCCGUGCACGAAGACGUCGACAUACCCAAACCUCCAGGAGAUGCUGGUCAUCCAUCAGAAGCUUCAGGCUGAGAUCCGAGUUGGACACCAGCUCCUGCAGGAUCUCUGUCACCAUGUCCAGUCUGCGGAACAAUCAGAGGACGACAAAUCUGAACUCCUGACCUCUGUGAAGAAGAGCUGGCUCACCUCCGUGUUGGUGGCUGAACAGAACCGGACGUCCAUAAAGGAACGCCUGGAUCAGUGGAGAGUUUAUCAGUGUGGCACAAACCUCCUGCAGAGAUUCUUUGAGACUCUGGAGUCUCUCCUGCCUCUCACCGGACAGUCUCUGUACACAUUACACCAGCUGCAAGGCUGCAGAGAUCUUCUCCAAUGUGUUGAAGAGUCUGUUGGUCAGCACGCUGCUGUAUACACUCAGACUGUGGAGGCUGCAGAACAUUUGCUUGAAAUCCUUCCGGAGUGUGAGAGUCGGAGUCGACUGCAGUCGGAGCUUCAGGGAACAAAGGAGAUGUGGCAAAAAAACACAUUAUUUUUGAGGAGAAACCAGGACCUGGUUGAUACCACCAUCCAGAUGUGGAGUCAGAGCCAGGAUGGGAUCACCGAGGUGACAUCGGAACUGGACACCGUGAAGCAACUUCUGACAGAAAGAUCAGAAGAGUGUGAGGAGACGGAGAUUAUUCAGGAGACGGAGCUGUGCCUGCAGCGUUCCUCCUCCGGACUGAGGGAGUCGGCCUCCGCCAGGACCCGCCUGUCCCAUCACGUCGCAGCUGGCGACACCGCCGUGCUGGAGCAGCAGCUGGAGCAACUCCACGCUCAAUGGGAAGAGCUGUGCGUGAAGGUUUCUUCCCGCAAACAGGAAAUAGCUGACCGUCUUAAUGCAUGGACCAUCUUCAAUGACAAGAACAAGGAGUUUUGUGAUUGGCUGACUCAGAUGGAGAAAAAGAUCUGCCACACAGGAGAUCUGAGCAUUGAGGAGAUGGUGGAGAAACUGAAGAAGGACUGCAUGGAGGAAAUGAACCUGUUCAGCGAGAACAAGCGUCACCUGAAGGAGCUGGGGGAGCAGCUGCUGCUGGCCAGCGACGAGGCCAAGCAGACCCAGGUCCGCGGGUCGCUGCAGGAGGUCAAUCAGCGGUGGAACAACCUGUUUCACCACAUCGGAGCCAGAGUGAAGAAACUGAAGGAGACGCUGGCGACCGUAGAGCAGCUGGACAAGAACAUGAAUAACCUCCGCUCGUGGCUUUCCCGCGUGGAGGCGGAGCUAUCCAGACCCCUCACCUACAGCGUCUGUCAUCAGCAGGAGAUCCAGAGGAGGCUGGCUGAGCAGCAGGCGCUGCAGGAGGAUGUAGAGCAGCACGCUGACGCUGUUGCAUCAGUGCUCGGUCUCUGCGGCCUGUUGCAGCAGGACGAAGAUGCAGCCGCAGGAACGCGGGCAGAGCAUGACUCCCUGCAGGAAACCAGCCACAGCCUGGACCAGCGCUGGAGGACCAUCUGUUCUUUGGCUCUGGACCGUAGACUCAGGAUCGAGGAGACGUGGACUCUCUGGUGCAAAUUCCUCAACGACUACUCUUGCUUUGAGGACUGGCUGAAGGUCGCGGAGAGAACUGCUGCCAACCCCAGCUCUGCAGACGUUCCCUUCUCGCUCGCCAAAGAAGAACUUGUGAAAUUUGAGGGCUUCCAGAGGCAGGUGAAUGAACGUUUGACCCAGCUGGAGAUCAUCAACAACCAGUAUCGCCGCCUGGCCCGGGAGAACCGAACCGACAGAGCCGGCCAGCUCCAGGCCAUGGUCCGGCAUGGGAACCGGCGCUGGGACCUGCUGCACUGCAGGGUGGCCGCCAUCCUCCGCAGACUCAGGCAUUUCACCGGCCAGCGCGAGGAGUUUGAAGGCACCAGGAAGAGCUUGCUGGUGUGGCUGACAGAGCUGGACCUGCAGCUCACCAACGUGGAGCACUUUUCAGAGAGUGAUGUCCACCACAAGAUACAGCAGCUCAACAGUUUCCAGAAGGAGAUCACGCUGAACACGGAGCGCAUCGACGGGCUGAUCGUGUUUGGAGAAGGGCUGAUCAAGAAAAGUUCACCGCAGGAUGCAGAGUUGAUCGAGGACGAGCUGGAGGAGCUCCACUCGUACUGCCAGGAGGUUUUCAGCAGGCUGGUCCGCUGCCACCAGCGCCUGAGCCAGCAUGUGAAGAUCAGAGAGGAGCCAGAGCCUUCCGGGGCCACGUUCUCCUUAGAAUCAAGCUUGGAGCUGAUUGGCCGACCCUGGCUAGGGCGGAGUCAAGGAAGCCUCCCAGCCACGCCCACCCAUCUGCUGACUUCCCCACUGGAGCGGUCAGGCAGGGAGACGCCAGUGAGCGUGGAUUCCUUACCUCUGGAGUGGGACCACACCGGCGAUGUGGGCUCAUCCUCACAUGAAGAUGAUGAGGAGGAUGAAGAGGAGGAGGCAGCUUACCUCAGUGCACUAUCAGGUGGUUCUGCUCAGGUUCUUGAGUCUCCAGGUUGGCAAACAUCGGUAGAACAUGGGUUGGACGCAGAGGACCGUGGCGUGACCACGCCCGACCUCAGCAGCACUCCUCUGAAGCCUGCUUAUCUGCGCCUCACCUCUCAGUGCAGCGGCAGCAUCCAGAACCUGCAGAGAGUCUCACUGAUCCUGGAUGACGAGGAGCAGCCGGAGGAGUUUGGGCUGACGGGACUGGCAGCUUCAGACCAGCAGUCGGCAGGCGUGAUCGAGCGCUGGGAGCUCCUCAGGGCUCAGUCCAGGCAGCAGGCCGGUCCUCAGGAGCCUCAGCGACUCACCUCUGACCUGGAUGACAUCACUUCCUGGCUGGAGGCGGUGAUCCCUGAGCUGGAGCUCCUCCUGCAGUCCGACCCAGCAGCCAGUAUGGCAGACAUGGAAUCCAGAGCCAAAGAGAUCAAAGAGAUGCAGAAGACGUUUGCCCACUAUAAGUCCACCAUGCUCUCCAUCAACCUGCAGGCAGAGGAAGCUCCUGACAGACUGAUGGCAGUGAACAGAGAGUGGAGCAGAGCCAGCACGGCGCUGCAGCGAUGGGACUCCAGUCUGAGGAAGACUCUGAUGCGCUGCCAGGAGUUCCACGAAAGCCUGCACUCUCUGCUGCUGUGGCUGCCUCAUGCGGAGAGCAGACGCUACACGGUGGACAUCAACCACCCAGGAACCACCGUCGCAGUCCUGCGGCGACAUUACGGCACGCUCGCCGAGCUGCAGGAGGAGCUGCGGGUCAGGCAGACCCAGCAGGACGCCUUGCAGGCGUUGUGGUCUCAGCUCCAGCCUGAAGACGGUCUGGAGGCGAGUGAUGAAACCCAGGAGAAGCUCCACGUGACAGGGAGCAAGCUGCAGCUGCUCCUGAGGCAGGUGGAGGAGGACCUCCACGCCGUACGGCAGCGUCUGGACUCUGUGGCGGCAGUCCAGAGAUGUGGAGGUUCAGACGACAGGCCUUCAGAGAUACAGGAGACAUCUCAGAGAGCGAUGAGGAGGUCGUCUCCGCCUCGCUCCUUCUUCCUCCGGGUCCUGCGGGCCGCCUUCCCGCUGCAGCUCCUGCUGCUGCUCCUCCUGCUGCUCCCCUGUAUCAUCCCUCUGUCUGAAGGGGAGCCCGGCUGCAUGCUGGCCAACAACUUCGCCCGCUCCUUCUACCCCAUGUUACGCUACACCAACGGCCCUCCACCCACCUGACCGCUCCGUCUCCAUGAAGGUUCUCCGCAGGAAAAUAAUAGAUUCACAUUUUAAGACCCAUUCUGGUCGUCUUUCGGUUAUUUAAUUAUUUUUUUGAUCAUUUUUUAGGACAUAGUUUCUGCAGAGCGGCAGGAGUUCAUCAGAAAUUUGCCUCUUCAUUGUGGGCGGGACUGUUGCAACUCCGCCCCUCCUUAUUUAUUUUAAGCAAUCAGAGCAAAAAUAAUGCAUGUGUAAUACAAGUGACAGGGGUUCACAACCGUACAAAGAUCUGUCAGACAUGGGAAAACUAGGCAUCAAGUUAUAGAUUAAAUAAAGAAAUAUUCCAAAUUUAAUUUCAAUUUUCUUUAUAUAUGUUCUCCAUCAGACAAGAAUGUAUUAAAAAAAAAACAGAAUUUUCAUCAGACUGGGUCCUCAAGAACAUUCAAACUAAAUGUUUCCAUCACUUAUGUGUUUGAACAAAACAUAACUGGAAGUAUAACAGGAAGUAUAACAGGAAGUACCCGCUGGUUCCAAGAAGCUAAAGUCUCCUAGACUUCAAAAGAGAAACAAACAGCUAUUACUCAGUCGCUCUAUUGGUCAGAAUAAUCAUUCUUGCUCUGAUACCUUUUUCAAUCUGUUCUUGAUAAUCUUUAUUAUUUCUGUUUUUUUCUUUAUUGUAAGUUCUAAACUGACCAAUCAGACGCCUCAAUAAAAGCCUGUGUUCUCACGUCUGACGUUUGAAGCCUUUGACACAUUUCUUGUAGCUUGCUUUCAAGUGGUGGGGGUGUGGACGUCCAACAAGCUCACUCCUGAUUGGUGGAAGUGGUUGCCAUAGAAACAUUGACUCAGACCAACUUGAACCAAUCACGGAUUACUGGUUCCAACAUAAUGACACGUAUAAACUGCAAUUGGAUUGAUUUAAUUCGGUUGAUCCAGUAGUAAACCGUUGUGUAUGGAUGACGUCACACUCACACACUCCAUUUCUCUGAUGAAGUCACUAGGGGGCGCUGGGACUAUAUAAUCUUUAAAUUGAAAAGAUGAUGGUUAAAAUGUCGGGUACGCAGACGCUAAAAGAACGAUUGCUAUGAAAAAAUGUUCUUUUAACUCAAAAAUUAGAAAAAUCUCUCCUGCUUUAUGACAGCCACCGUAUGGAAGAAUUGUUUUAAACCCUGAACUCUCUUUAGAACAUAUACUGAACUGCACCUGUUAUCCUGAUGCCAAAGAGUCCCAUUGGUCGCCAUUCAUGGAGGGGCGGAGACUCACCAGCAACUUUCAAAAACAUACUUCUUUAACUCCGUUUUUUUUUUUGAGCGAUGAAAAAAUAAUAUAAAACUGUAUGGUUAUCAUUCCAGUAUUAUCAAAUCUAAAUGUGUAUAUUCAAGAUAGAUUCAUCCUGAUGAAAAAUAACUUUUAGCCAAUCGGAUCAUAGAUAGAUUGUCAUGUGACCUGGAACAGAAUCAUGAAAGGCUUUGGUCCCCCUGUAGCUUUAUUUUGAGCUAAUUUCUAACUUGCUGUGUGUUCAGUUAUUGUUUGUCGCCUAAAAUUUUAUCAAAGUUAUAUUUUUUUAUUGAAGAAAAUCAGUUCAUGGUGACAAUAACUAGUUUUUUCAUGUUUCUGUACAUACACUAAACUCCCACCGUGAUUGGCUACUUCCUGUAAAGGCGGGAUUUAAGACUCCUUUGAUCUUUUUUUCACCACUAAUGUUAAAUAUUGAAGGAAUUCUUAAACAUUAGCAAAAUGAACAAGAUCCAGUAGUUUUUAGGAAUUCAAUAAAUUAAAUGAAUAAAUGUGCCAUUAAAGUUUCAAUAAUUAAUAUAUGGUUCUAUGGCUUUUAUAGCAAUAAAUUCUUUUUUUUCCUGAUUUCUGGCAAUGAUAACCAACUUUACUGUGUCUUUCACUUAAAUAUCACAAUACUGUACUGUGUUUUCUCUAGUGGUUUUAUUAAGCAAAGUGUUGUCUACAAAAAAACUUCAAUUUUAAAUAAAACAUGGACAUCUGUAAUAAAAAAAAUGGAUGGAAAUCCAA